AGAAGAGAAAGACGUUUCAGUGAAAGAAGAGGAAGACGCGUUCAGAGUGAAAGAGGAGGAGGAUGUUACAGUAAAAGAAGAGGAGGAGGAUGCAGUUUUUGGAGUGAAAGAGGAAGAGGAGGAGAUGACUGUCACAUAUAAAAUGGAGGAGGAAGAAGAAGAGGAGGAAACUGGAUAUCUGGGCCCGGUUUCCCAAAGGCAACUUAAAGCGUCCAAUGGUUCCAACGGUGAACUUAACCGUAAGAUGGUUUUGAGAAACCGUUCCCUGAUUAACACUAGAGAGAUACGGGACUAUCGUGGAUCCUCUGGAGAGCCUCAACAACAUCAUGAAGCUGACGAGGCAGAGGAGAGUCCCCCCAGAUCAGAACACCUCAAGAAACACAAGCGGAAACCCACAAGGAAGAAAUCUCACCACUGCUCUGACUGUGGGAAGAGAUUCACCUCUUCAACAGACCUUAAAAGACAUCAGAGAAUACACACAGGAGAGAAACCUUAUAGCUGUGAUUGGUGUGGGAAGAGUUUUACUACAUCUAGCCAGCUGACUAUACACCAGAGAAUACACACAGGAGAGAAACCUUACCACUGCUCUGACUGUGGAACAAGUUUUGUUUCUUCCCAAUAUUUAAAAUCACACAAGAGAACACACACAAUUGCGAAACCUUACCACUGCUCUGACUGUGGAAAGUGUUUCGUUUCGUCACAAUAUUUAAAAUCACACCAGAAAACACACACAGGUGAGAAGCCUUAUAGCUGUGAUCAAUGUGGGAAGAGUUUUAGUCACUCAAGCAACCUGAUGGUACAUUUGAGAGCGCACACUGGAGAGAAACCUUAUAGCUGUGAUCAAUGCGGCAAGAGUUUUACUUCAUCUAGUCAGCUGACUAUACACAAGAGAACACACACAGGAGAUAAACCUUACCACUGCUCUGACUGUGGAAAGAGUUUUGUUUCGUCCCAAUAUUUAAAAUCACACCAGAAAACACACAAAGGAGAGAAGCCUUAUAGCUGUGAUCAAUGUGGGAGGAGUUUUACUCACUCAAGCAACAUGAUAUCACACCAGAGAACACACACAGGAGCGAAACCUUGUGGCUGUAAUCAAUGUGGGAAGAGGUUUACUCAGCCAAACAUCCUGAUAGCCCACCAGAGAACUCACACAGGAGAGAAACCUUAUAGCUGUGAUCAAUGUGGCAAGAAUUACGCUGGUAAAAGAUCUCUGAUAAAACAUCAGAAAGUACAUACAUGAAGGAGUUGUUCCAUGAUAUCAAUGAAAUGAUGUCACAAUGUAGAAUGUUUUAACAUUGUAGUAGGAGUGUUCUAAUGAUGUCACAAUGUAGAAUGCUUUAACAUUGUAGUAGGAGUGUUCUAAUGAUGUCACAAUGUAGAAUGCUUUAACAUUGUAGUAGGAGUAUUCUAAUGAUGUCAUAAUGUAGAACCCUAAAUGUUUGUCCCCUGUUCUGUUGAUUUCAGCAUGAUAUGGAUAUUAGCCUCAUUGGGAAAAGUACAGGCUCUGAAUUGAAAGAGUACUAUUUAUGUGAUUAACAUAAACACAAAUAAAGUGUAGCAUUUUACUUCCCGCGUUGGCGACCUACUUGAAUCAAACUGCAACACUUUAAAUGUAGCGAGCUGUUUUCUACAAAUUUACCUCUAAAUAGUGAUGUACACAUUAUUCCCAGAUUCCAUGUGGUGUUUGAGCUGUUUUAACAGGACGUAAACCUCAUCUCCCCCCUCUUGCGCAAUUGAUUUCAACGUGAUAUUGAUGAGUUAUCACAAAUAAGUGUUGUGUUCCUUUGUUUAGUGACCCCUAAAUUUAAAUGCAUCCCUCCAAAAUGUAGCUGACUGUCUUCUGCAGGUUGUCCUCUAACCAGUGAGGUAAAAUA